UAUACACACAUGUACAGAACAUAAAAAAUGCCUCGACGCUGUGCAUUAAACCUAAACGUCAGAAUGUAUUUGUGCACAUGCAACUUUAUUUUAUGUACAUUUCGCCAUCAUUCUUCAUCUGUGAUUCAGUCUUCCUUCUCCAUCCAACCUCCCUGCUUUCUGUUUUUCGUCUCUGCAGGUCCAGGAUGGUGCUCACUCCGUGUGCAGCUGGGCGGCAGAUCCUCUUUGCUCUGAUGCUGCUGCUCUCUUUAGGCUUGGGUGCAGCCUCCUCCAUAGUGAACAUGCGUAGGAUCACCCAUCCUACAGUACAACAAACGCUGGCAGGCAGAGCCGUCCUCCCGUGUGUCUUUACCCUCCAGACCAGCUCCUCCCUGCAGCCUCCCCAACUCGUGUGGACUCAAACCAGGCUACCAACGAGAGGACAAGAGGUUCCUCUGGAGCAGAUCGUGCUCUCAGCUAAAGGUGAUGUAAUCAAGGUGAAUAAGGCUUUCAGCGGCCGCGUCAUGCUGCCAGGAUACGCUGCCAAUCCUCUGAAUGCUACCAUGGAGAUCUCCAGUCUCCGCACCAACGACUCAGGCACUUACCACUGUCAGGUUGUCGUGGGUAACGACUAUGAGAGAGACACUGUGCCCCUGGUGGUCUCUGGUGUGGUGUUUCACUACCAGGCUCCCAGCGCCCGUUACGCCCUCUCGUUUUCUGAUGCCCAGCGAGCCUGCCAGGAAAACUCGGCUCAGAUCGCCACGCCGGCCCAGCUGUGGGCAGCGUACCAUGACAGCUUCAGCAGCUGUGCAGCCGGCUGGUUGGAUGAUCAGACUGUCCGCUAUUCUGUCCAGUUGCCAGAGCUUGGUUGCUAUGGACACAAGGAGUACUCAGCUGGAGUGAGGAAUUAUGGGAAGAGGGACCCGAAAGAGCUGUUUGAUGUGUACUGUUUUGCAAAAGAACUGGAUGGUGAAGUGUUUCACUCCUCAGUCCCUGGCAGACUAUCGCUGUCUUCAGCCUCAGACCGCUGUGUGUCCCUGGGGGGCCAGCUGGCCACAGUGGGACAGCUUUAUCUGGCCUGGAGGGCCGGCCUGGACAGCUGCGCCCCGGGCUGGUUGUCUGAUGGCAGCGUCCGUUACCCGGUGGCCUGGCCUCGCCCCGAAUGUGGAGGGAGCCAGCCAGGAGUCCGCACCGUCUCCCCCAACAGCACCGCUGACAACGCUACAGCGCUGUACGAUGCCUACUGCUACAGAGGCAAAGUGAAGGAUACCAGCUCCAUCUCUCAGAUCUACACCUCCCUGUGGAAGCCCUGGAGCUAUCUAACAGGCUCAAGUGAUGCCGGCUCUACUGGGACAGACGGUCCUGACCCGACUACACAGCAAACCACCACCAGCAGAGCUUCUUCAGACGGCAGCAGUGUUUCACCAUCCAACUGGACCGGCCUGGUUGACCUCGAGGAGGAGACUUCGCCCCACGCUGCUGACCCCUCCUCAGACCCCUGGUCCUCGGUGUCUUCAAGGUCAUUCGUGACCCUCCAGUUAAUCCCAGGUCAGAGCUCCUUCGACUGGGGAGAGCCGCUGGAGCCCGGCCCCGACUCCGAGGAGUUUCUCCGACCCCCAGUAGAACCAACUCCUGCUGAGAAGAAGGUGAUCUCAAAGAUCGUUAAGUCCAUGUGGAAGCCUUGGAACUACCUGGUGGGGAGCGAAGAUGAGGAGGGAACCCAAACACCGAGCGAAGACGCAGGAAAAGAGGACGUGGCUACAAAAAAGACCGACGAGGAGUCGAAUCCGUCCAGUACAGCCACACCAGGUUUGUUUUCUUGGGGGAGUUCAUGGUUCAGCAGCACCCCGAGGGAGAGCACCACAGCAGCCAGCGAAGAGUCACCCACUCAUCUGGCAUCAUCCACUUUGACUGCCUCCUCUAGCUCCAUGACUGCAGAGAGCACCAAGAGCUGGGAAAGCUCAGAGACGUCCACCUCCUCCAGCCCUGCGCCUGAAAUCACCUCUUCAGCCGGGGAAACCUGGAUCCGGGUUGAAGCGGAGACCACGACCCAGAUGAGCGACAAGAGGGACGAGACGGUGACCUCCAGAGCCAGCGGCAGAGGGAGAGGAAGGGGGAAGAAGAACAGGGGGGAGGACAGGAGCAGAGGUGAAGACAGGGGAAGAGGAGAGGAGAAGGGGAAAGCAGAUGAAGAAGGGAGCGGGGAAAUCACUGGCGCAGAGGCGAAAGGGGAGAUACAAGUCUCACGCCGGCCAGUUGGAACAAGCAAACCAAGGGAGAGAUCCAGGGAAAGAUCCAGAGAGAGGGGUCACAGGAAGGGGCAGUCCACCACUACCACCACUACCACUACCACCACCACCACCAGUCCUCUGGAGGCCUCGGUCAUGACUGUAACUGGAACAGAAAGCGACUUUUCUUCAUCCACUUCACCAACAAAAGAAAACUCCUCUCUACAAGCCUCACAAGACUCAUCUCAAACACCAUCUUCAUCUCCAUCCGCCUCACCAUCCGUGUCCUUCUCCCAAUCAUCCCUUUCUGAAUCCCAGUCCAUCGACCCAUCUCUUCCCUCUUCCUCCUCCCCGUCUCCAACCACUUCCUCACCAUCCCAUUCCCAAACCCCGUCCCUGUCACCCUCACCGUCAUCGCCCUCUUCUUCCCAUUCGACAUCGCAAACCGUUGGACUCGGGGUCUCGGCUCCGUCUCUCCUCUCAGACAACCAGGACAGCGUCUUCGACCCCUCGACGUUGCUUCGCUUGGUCCCAGCGGAGAAGGCGGUUGUGAACGACUCUCUGGAUUAUCCUCCGUCGCUAGCCGGACCCCCAGACGAGGAGGAGCCCACUUGGUCGCACGCUGUGGGAUCAGGGGCCCUUUUACCAGGCAACAUGGAGGAAGAAAGCAGCAGAGGAGGGGUCAACAUCAGCACCACGACGCUCAGCCCUGCAGAUGAGGUGGAGCCCUGCGUGACAAACCCAUGUCUGCACGGAGGAAAGUGCCUUCCACAGGGAACGGGCUACAGCUGCUACUGCCCACAAGGAUACACUGGGGAGAACUGUGAGAUUGAUGUUGAUGACUGCCAGUCCGAGCCUUGCGAAAAUGGAGGCACUUGCAUCGACAAGAUUGAUUCAUUCCUCUGCCUCUGCCUGCCCAGCUACGGAGGAGACACGUGUGAGAAAGACAUCGAGGGUUGCGAACACGGCUGGAGGAAGUUCCACGGCCACUGCUACAGGUACUUCACCCACAGACACACUUGGGAGGACGCGGAGAAAGACUGCAGAGAGCACAGCGCUCAUCUCAGCAGCAUCACCUCCGGCACUGAGCAGGAGUUUAUCAACGGUCUGGGUCACGACAACGCCUGGAUCGGUCUGAAUGAUCGCACAGUGGAGGAGGACUUUCAGUGGACUGAUGGCAAUGAUCUGGUGUAUGAGAACUGGAGGGAGAGCCAGCCGGAUAACUUCUUCGCGGGCGGCGAGGACUGCGUGGUGACCAUUGCCCAUGAGGACGGCAAGUGGAACGACGUGCCCUGCAACUACAACCUGCCCUACAUCUGCAAGAAAGGCACAGUGUUGUGCGGAACCCCUCCUGCCGUGGAGAACGCCCACUUGAUAGGUCGGCGGAGAUCUCAUUAUGACAUCCAUUCAGUGGUGCGCUACCAGUGCUCCGAGGGCUUCUACCAGCGCCACAUCCCCACCGCACGCUGCCGGGCCGACGGGAGCUGGGAGAGGCCCAGGAUCAUCUGCACAAAGUCUCGACGAUCACACCGGUACCGACGUCAUCACCACAAUCAGCACCACGAGCGCCGCGGCCACAGGAGGCACGGAGGAGAAGGACACAAGGCCAGAGAGGACGCACACAGCUACUACUGA